AUGUUGAAACAUAUCAUCACUCUCUUAUCCUUCACAAUCCUUGUCGUAGCCGGCUCCUCACAGUGUGAUACAGGAACGAUUAUGUGCUGUGACAAUGACCCGUCCUCAGACGCAGCAGAAUACUUCGCGCAGGGGGGAAUCGUUAAGCGUCGGGCAAAGAACGAGUGCUCCGCGUUUAACGUUAUAGGCACCUCCCAAGCUUGCGAUGCGAACCAGGAGCCCAUGUGCUGCGAAGAAAACAAAACCAUCCUCAGUGGCAAGUGCUCACCAAGCAACGCCCCACUUGUCUAUACUGUGAAGAGUCAAGAAGCUAGACAAAACGAGGCACCAUGA